AUGAAAUUUGAUAUCUUAUUCGUCAUUCUAAUAUUGACAGUGAGUGCUCAGGCUUAAGAGGAUGAUGAUUUCAUUAUUGAUUCUAAUAGUGAAUACGAUGAGACAGCCGCUACAAGAUAUUGGUACUUCUGUGCAGCUAGUUACUGCAAUCCUAAUGUUAUCCUAAAUUGGUCAUGUACUACACCAUGUAGUAAAACACCAUACAUGGAUGAUGUUUAAAUAUUUGUUAAUGCAACAAAUGAAAAUGCAGGAUUUUCAGGAUACGAUCCAAAACACAAUGAAAUUAUUAUUGUUUUCAGGGGAACUCUUCCUUGGUCGAUUAAAAAUUGGUUUGAAGAUAUUAAUUAUAUAAAAACCUCAUUCCCAUAUUGUACAAACAACUGUCAAGUGCAUAGGUUAUCAUAUCAUAUUAAUAUUUAGAGGAUUCUACUACUCCUAUUUGGGCAUUCAAGAUUAAGUGUUAAAUGCAGCCAAAAGAUUGACUAGCAAAUACCCAAAUGCCAAAUUAGUCAUUACUGGCCAUAGUUUAGGAGGAGCACUGUCUACACAUGCAUUGGUGGCGCUAACUGUGAAUGGAUAUAGGGUUGAUCAUUAUUAUUCCUUUGGAUCACCAAGAGUCGGAGAUUCUGCAUUCUUCAACUAUGUCAAAUCAAUAUAUCCAUCUGCCAAAUUCAGAGUGACUCACGAUCAUGAUCCUGUCCCUCAUCUUCCAAUGGAAGUGCAAGGAUUCCAUCAUAUCAAUACAGAAGCCUAUUACAAAGAUUUCCUCAUCUUCCAUAAAGAGUAUAAUUAUUAUUAUAACAUCUAGUGUUAAAAUUUGUAACGAUGAAAAGAAGGAAGAUCCAAGAUGUUCAAAUCAAAAUCUAGUUGAUUUGAGUGUGGAUGAUCAUUGCAAUUAUUUGGGAUACAACCUAGCCAUUGGAGUGCUAAUUUGCUAAUGAUUUUAGAUCGAAAAAAUAAA